ACUAUGAUAACAAUAAAUUCUUUUCUAACAUAGUGCAAUGGAUGAAGAAACCAAAGUUUCGAGAACUCAAACUCUGAUGGAUGAAGAUAAUGAUAUUGCAGAGCGGCUGCAGAAACGAGAGGAACGACGCCAGAAACGUCUUCAAGAGGCCAUGGAGCGUCAGCGGGAAUUUGAUCUUCCAGCGAAAGAGGAAAGCCAAGACAUUUCAAAGGAAAUCCGAAGAAAUGAGAGGGAGGUGGAGGAGAACAAUCAAUGGAAUAAAUGGCGGCAAGAGCCAGAACCAGAGCCUGAACCUGAACCUGAACCUGAACCUGAAAUGGAACCGGAGCCUGAACCGAAGCCUGCAAUGGAACUGGAGCCUGAACCAGAACCUGAGCCAGAAAUAGAACCGGAACCGGAACCAGAACCAGAGCCAGAAAUAGAACCAGAACCAGAACCAGAACCAGAUGAGGUGGUGAUAGCGAAGCAGGAGAUUGAAAAGCCGUACCAAAUUGAAAAGGUAAGUGUUGAUGUUGCCAGUAGAAUCCACAAAGUGUUGCCUCAUAACAUUCUGCCUUUUUCCUUUUGGCGGGGGGCGGAGUGUAGCCGCUCCGAGUCCAAGCCGAGCCAAGAAGCAGAGGAAGCAGCAGCCAAGCUGGAGGCAGAGAGGAAGCUGGAAGAGCUGAAACGUCGUCAGGAUGAGAAGGAGAGCGAAGAGUUUGAAAAGAUGAAGCAGAAGCAGCAGGAGGCUGUGGUGGAGCUGGAGGAGUUGAAGAAGAAACGAGAAGGGCGCAGGAAGGUACGAGAAGAGGAAGAGCAAAAGCGGCAGCAGGAUGAGGCCGAGAGAAAAGCAAGGGAAGAGGAGGAGAAGAGAAAAUUGAAGGAAGAUAUCGAGAGACGAAGGGCAGAGGCAGCAGAGAAACGGCAAAAACCAGAGGAUAUUGAAACGUCCAAUGAUAAAGAACCAUUCAAGUGUGUGAGCCCCCGUGGUUCCUCCCUAAAAAUUGGAGAAAGGGCAGACUUUUUGAAUCGAUCAGCAAAGAAGAGCUCUACCACCAAGACAUCACGUCCUGUACUGGGUGUAUCCAAGAUUGACAGUAAAUUGGAGCAGUAUACAAGUGCAAUUGAGGGUGCCAAAGCUGCGAAAGGAGGCAGGACAUUAGCUUCAGAUCUCCCACUGACAGCUGAAGGAGUGCGGAACAUAAAGAGUAUGUGGGAAACUGGUGAUGUCUAUAGUUCUGCUUCCCCACCUAAUAAGGGCACACCGAACAAGGAGGUAGCGGGUCUGAAAGUUGGCGUUGCCGGCCGCAUCAACCAGUGGCUCACCAAAACUCCUGAAACAAACAAAUCACCUGCAUCUAAACCCUCAGAUGUGAAGCCGGGAGACGUAUCAAGCAAACGGAACUUGUGGGAGAAUAAGACUGAUUCUUCCAAUGGAAAAGCAGCCACCCCAUCUAAGAUUACAGCUGGAAGUAAGUACAAGUCAGGCUCAGCUGGGGAUCACCGCAGUUACACUAAUGGGAUGGCACAUUAUGAAAAUGAACCCUAAAGAAAUCAGCACAGAAUUCUGUCCAACUGGUUCUGAGAUGCCUAGAUGAGCUUUUUUUUUAAAAUAUUUAUAUAUUAUUUUAUUAAGGAAUUGGUUCACAUUAUCCCAGUCAAAGCCAUGUGUAUUAGCACUGUAUUACAAAUCCACACAUUAGCAAUUGAUCUUCACAGGUAUAACACCUUUGUACAGAUCAUUGAAACCCUUAUUUUGAAAGAGAAAUGUGCUGUGAAAUUUGAAGAUUUAGAAUAUUGAUACAACAUCUACUUUAGAAUAAAAUUAAAUCUAGAAAAUGGAACAUUCUGAUCAUGAAUUCAUUGAUAAAUUAAAUGAUUAAAACCAAUGAGAUUUUGAAUUAGACUUUCUACUCACUUUAAAAUGUUCUGCCUGAUGACACGUUUUUUACAUUUUUGUUAAAUAUGUUUAAAUGGGUUUAAGAUUUGAUUUGUAAUAUUGGUACUGAUUAUUGAUUGUUUCAUUUUGUUCUGAAUGGAGAAAAUGGAGCAAUAGUGGUUUAUCACAAAUAACAUUCACAUUUUCUAGCUUUGUAGUUUAAUUAAAGAUAGAAUGCUUUUAACUAGCUUGAAAUGCUGGAUCAUUUAUUCAGUAAUAAACCAGAUAGCAGCCUACAGCACAGUUUUUUUUUUAAAGAAAAAUUCACACUUCUCACAAAAGUUAUUUCCAACAUAACUGGCCUUAGAUGUUCAAAGUGAGUACUCAAGAGACAAAAAAAAACUGAAUCUGCCUCAAAAUUAUAUUAAAAAAAAACUCAAUAUAUUUUAACGAGUGACCGAAUGAGUGUAUGUGUUGAUGUGUGUGUCUGCGAUGAAAUAGGACAAUGAAUAGAUGUAGUAUUAGGAGUUUUAAAAGGGGUUAUGAGUUCUCUGAAACACUGAACUUCCACUAUGCAUGUCACAGGAGCUGUACCACAUACCUUUAGAUGUAUCACACUUUUAUUCAUAUCUUAACCUGCAUACAUGGCGAAUACACAAGAAUUCAAAGUCCUGAUUUGUUGAAGGAAAUUGAAAGUUUUAAUAGAUGUUUCUUCAACAUAGUUUAAUUUUGAGUCUGAAUAGGAAAAGAGGCUUUUUAUCACUUCUUGUGUAUGUUAGUCAUCUCUGCGUGAAGUUAAAUAAAGGUGGAGAAAUCGACCCAAAGAUGUGCUACAACAGCUUUGCUACAAAACAUUAACCAUUUUGUACUUCUUUUCAGUUUACAUAUAACAUGAAAUGCAAAUGCACUCAGUUAUUGUCUGGAAAUAAAACUAUGCAACUUUUAUCUUAAAUUGCCUGCUUUCUGCCAUUUUGUGAACACCACAAAUAGUUAGAGUUUGAGGCAACUGCAUUUUCCAUUACAAUGUUUAAAACAAUGUAUUAUGAACAUGGCAAUUCACAAUAAACAGAUUAUUUCUAUAAA